AUGAAGACAUUCCAAUCGCUUCUCACAGCCUUUGGGCUUCUUGCCGUAGUCAACGGUCAAAAGUACUCCAACGGUACCAAUAUCGCGUAUACGACUAUCACUACUGAUAUCUAUACAACUGUCUGCCCACAUCCCACUACUUUCUCCAUGGGAACGAGUACUUAUACCGUCACUGCUCCUACUACCUUGACCAUCACCGACUGCCCUUGUACAUACUCUACCACCAUUGAUAAAACUGUUCCAACUAUCCCAGCAUCCUCUUCACACAAACCAAGUAGCUCUGCUCCAUCUGCUCCAGUUUCAUCGAGUGUUGCCAGCAGCGCUUCCUCGGUCACCACCAGUCAUCCAGCUGUUCCUCUUAGCACUGGACCAACCACAAAGCCCGUCAAGCCAACAGAGACCGAGCACACAACAUGGACCACUUACACCACCGACAUUCUUACAACCGUUUGCCCCACUCCAACUACAUUAACUUUUGGAACCCAGACAUACACUGUCACUAAGUCAACUACUUUGACCAUUACCGACUGUCCUUGCACUGUGAGCAAGCCACAUCCAUCAAGCACCUCGGUCCCAACCAAACCAUCUUCAAGCGAGAGCAGUGUCAAGUCCAGUGCUACACCAAAGACUACCGUCAUUGUUCCUCCUCAUGUCAAUGAGACAUCUUCUACUUCGUUAGCGCCACCAAAGACUACCGUCGUUAUUCCUCCUCAUGGCAAUGAGACUUCUUCGGCGCCUCCAAAGACUACUGUUGUUGUUCCUCCUCAUGGAAACUACACAUUCUCUACUUCUUCAAUCCCUCCAAAGACUACACCAGUCGUCUGGACCACUACAGUCGUCAGCAGCUACACCACUUAUUGCCCAUCUCCUACCACCGUUGCCAUUGGGAACUUCACUUACACCAUCUCAUCAGCCACAACCUUGACUGUCACAAAGUGCCCUUGCACAGUCAGUUACACCUCAAGUGUUCCAACUGCCAAGCCAACCACUAGUACCACUGUAUCCUACUUGACUACAUACGUCCCAAGACCAACCACAAUCACUAUCAGCUCGGUUCCUCACACAAUUACUGCCCCGGGAACCGUCACUGUCCCAAUUGUUUCAACUCCUUCUGUCAAGCCAACUCCAAGUACUAUUACCGUGUCUUACUUGACUACAUACUGCCCUGCACCAACCACAAUCACUAUUAGUUCUGUUUCUCACACAAUUACUGCCCCAGGAACUGUCACCAUCCCAGUUGUCACAGUUUCAGUCGGAACUCCUGUGUAUUUCACACCUGUUCCCUCUGUCAAGCCAACUCCAAGUACCAUCACUGUAUCUUACUUGACUACUUACUGCCCUGAACCAACUACAAUUAUUGUCAGCUCAAUUCCUCACACAAUCACUGCUCCGGGAACUGUCACCAUUCCAGUUGUCACUGUUUCCGUUGGCACCCCAGUUCACGAGACCCCAGUUGCCAGCGUCCCAGUUCAUGAAACUCCAAUUGCCAGUGUUCCAGCUCAAACUCCAGUCGCUAGCGUUCCAGUUCAUGGGACACCAGUCGCCAGUGUUCCAGCUCAAACUCCAGUCGCUAGCGUUCCAGUUCAUGGGACACCAGUCGCCACUGUUCCAGCUCAAACUCCAGUCGCUAGUGUUCCAGCUCAAACUCCAGUCGCCAGCGUUCCAGUUCAUGAGACACCAAUUGCCAGUGUUCCAGUCCAUGAAACUCCAAUUGCCAGUGUUCCAGCUCAAACUCCAGUCGCUAGCGUUCCAGCUCAAACUCCAGUCGCCAGCGUUCCAGUUCAUGAGACACCAAUUGCCAGUGUUCCAGUCCAUGAAACUCCAAUUGCCAGUGUUCCAGCUCAAACUCCAGUCGCUAGCGUUCCAGUUCAUGAGACACCAGUUGCCAGUGUCCCAGUCCAUGAAACUCCAAUUGCCAGUAUCCCAGUUCAUGAGACUCCUGUCGCUAGUGUUCCAGUCCAAGAGACACCGGUUGCUAGCGUUCCAAUUGCUACUGUUCCAGCUGCAACUCCUUCUCAAGCUACUACCCUGGCCUCCACACCUGCUACCGUCGGUACUGCCACCGCAACAAGUCCAGCUCAAUUCACUGGUGCUGCCAUGAAGGUUGAUGCUAGUUUCGGUGCUCUUGCCGUUGCUGGUAUCGCAGCCUUCUUGUUGUAG